AAACAAAGUAGUUCUUGUCACGUUGAUUGCUUCUUUAAACUCUGUGCACACAUUUGUGGUUUGAGGUAAGAUAGGGAGGAGUUACACCUACUGACGGUACAGGGUGGGUAUAAAUACAUUUGAGCAUAUUCAGAUCUGAUGUUUAAAGAUUCUGCUUGGUGAAGAAUUGCACCAUGUUUCAUUACCUCUUUCUCCUCUGUUGUGUCUCUUUUGUUGGUGGGAUGGAAAGUGGCAUUAUAGGUGGAAAAGAGGCUAAACCUCAUUCCAGACCAUACAUGGCCUCUCUUCAGCUUAAUGGACAUCAUCACACUUGUGGAGGGAUGCUGAUCAGAGAGGAUUUUGUAUUAACUUCAGCCCACUGUUUAAAUCGCAGUGAUUAUUCUGGUCGGAACCAUUUGGAGGUCGUUCUGGGAGCCCACAAUUUUAGUCAGAAAGAAAAAAGCCAACAAAGGAUCCAAGUGAAAAAAUACAUCCGUCAUCCAUUGUUUGAACAACAGAUAAACAUGGUGGACUACAGCUAUGAUAUCAUGCUAUUAAAACUGAAGAAAAAAGCCAAGCUGAAUAAAUUUGUAAAAGUAAUUCCUCUACCAAAGGAAAAUGGAAAAACACCAGCCCAUGAAAAAUGCUCCAUUGCUGGUUGGGGCAAGAAGAAACAAAAAGAAAUAAAGCCAUCAAGUGUGCUGCACGAAGUCUCUCUCAAACUGGAGUCCAGCUCUGAAUGUAAAAUCAAGUGGCAGGAGUCGUUCAGUAAGGAAAGAAAUAUCUGUACUGUCCCAGAUGGGAAAAGAGCUUUCUGUCAGGGUGACUCUGGCAGUCCUCUUGUUUGUGAAUCUGAACUUCUUGGAAUAGCUGCAUACACGUAUCCAAAUGACUGCACAAACACAGAUUACCCUGAGGUCUUUGUUAAAAUACCUGCCUUCCUUACUUGGAUUAAAAAAAAGAUGAAAAUUCUUGCUGGGAUGGAAAGUGGCAUUAUAGGUGGAAAAGAGGCUAAACCUCAUUCCAGACCAUACAUGGCCUCUCUUCAGCGUAAUGGACAUCACACUUGUGGAGGGAUGCUGAUUAAAGAGGAUUUUGUAUUAACUGCAGCCCAUUGUUUAAAUCGCAGUGAUUAUUCUGGUCAGAACCAUUUGGAGGUCGUUCUGGGAGCCCACAACAUCAAUCAGAAAGAAAAAAGCCAACAGAGGAUCCAAGUGAAACAAUACCAUCGUCAUAAUUUGUUUGAACAGAACAACGUGAAAGACUACAGCUAUGAUAUCAUGCUACUAAAACUGAAGAUGAAAGCCAAGCUGAAUAAAUUUGUCAAAGUAAUGUCUCUUCCAAAGAAAAAUGGAAAAACACCAGCCCGUGUGAAAUGCACCAUUGCUGGCUGGGGCAUGAAAAACAAAAAUGAAACAAAGGCAUCAAGUGUCCUGCGUGAAGUCUCUCUCAAACUGCAGUUCAGCAUAGAAUGUAAACACAAAUGGCAGUACUGGUUCGACUCAGAGAGAAAUAUCUGUAGUGUUUCAAAUGGGAAAGAAGCUUUUUGUAAGGGUGAUUCAGGAGGUCCUCUUUUCUGCAAUAGUAAACCAGUAGGACUUGCUUCAUUUUCAGAGGAAAACUGUACCAAUAGGACGUAUCCCGAAGUCUAUGUAAAAAUUGCCCACUUCCUCCCCUGGAUUAAAAAGUGGAUUGCUUAAUGUUCAUUUGAUGGAAUAGAUUUUUUUAUUUUAUAAAACAAUAUAAAAUACAAUAUUUUUAACAAUUAAAACAGUUUGUUAAAGUCAGUAUAAAGCCCAUUGUUAUAUUACUAAGGGGGCUGCAUUAUGACUAUUCGCGAUUAAUCAUUUGCAGAAUAAAAGUGUUUGUUUACAUCAUAUAUGUUUGUGUACUGUUUAUAAUAAUGUACAAAUAAAUACUACGCAUGCAUGUAUAAUUUUAAGAAUUUUUUUUAUAGAUUAAAUAUUUAUAUUUAAAUAUACAAAUGUAUAUACACAUGUAAAUAUUUCUUAAAUAUAUACAUGUGUGUGUUUUAAUAUAUACAGAAUUAUUAUACACUGUACACACAUGAUGUAUAAAAAAAACUUUUAUUCUGCAAAUGAUUAAUCGCGAUUAAUCGUUAUGCAGCCCUAACAGCCAACAGAACAUAAACACAAACAAUUAAAGAGGAGCAACAUUAGAGAUUUUGUAGUGUCAAUCUGCAUUUAAAUGAUACUUUUUACUAAUAUCUUCUACAUGGGACAAAAGCUUAUUUAUGGUUUGUCGUAUUGAAAUCAUUAAUAAAGUGUGGGGUUUGGUUUCAGAUCAUCAAAUGUGCACAUUUUUGCUAAAGCCAGGUGUUGCUCAUAGUGUUUUCACAACUCUUUGCGGUAGGAGUAGCUUUCAUUUUGUGAAACUUUGUGGUUGAAUGCAAGCUGGUUGUGAAGGUAUGAAAACUGCCAUGGUAGAUGUGUUAAAGCCAAUGUUAAGAGUACGGUGUAAAAGCGUUGUACCACACUGACUCUUGCAAGUGUUUUGUAACAUUCUUUAAUAUGUUGAGAGGCUUGCAUGGGUUCAAAUCUUUCAUGGUCAGUGAAACUAUGAUUUAUCAUCCUGAUUUAAAGGGAUAAUUCACCCAAAAAUGACAAUUCUGUCAUAAUUUACUAACUCUCAUGUUGUUACAAACCUGUAUUAAUGUCUUUGUUCUGAUGACCACGAAGGUUAAAUAUUUUGAGGAAUGUUAGUAACCAAACGGAUCAAAAAUAAAAGAAUACUAUAGCGUCAAUAGGGCCUCUGAUCAGUUUCGUAAUGGCUGUUAUGUGUUAAAGGGGUAGAUACAAGUAACUCAUACAUCACUGAUUCAUAGGCAUAUUUCACACAACACCAACACCCAUGCAAUCACAUUAAGCAUGUUUCCCGAUAAGGAGGAGGU